CCUAACCCCCCACCCGCCCUCCAUCCUCGCUCGCUCGUUCCGUCGCCUCGCUCACCCACCUCCACCCACCCCACUCGCUUGCGCGAGAGAGGGCGCAGUGCAUGGCUCGCACUUCUCUCAGUUCCUCCUCGCCCCCCCUCCCUCCUCACCGUCUCCCUCAAAUCCUCCUCCUCAGCUCUCCUCACCCCCCUCUCCCUUCCUUCCCACACCCUCCCUCCUCAUGUCUUCCCUCCCGUCGCCCCGCUCGCCUUCACUUCCUCAGUCCCCUGCCUCUCAGCUCGCUGGGUUCCCUCAACCGAACGGGGGCAUCGCCGGCGAGCUGCAAUAGAGCGAGCGAGCAAGAGAGAAUGAGGCGCGGAAGAGCGAGUGCGAUGGGGGAGCGAGAGAGAGAGCAGGGCUCCCACCUCUCAGCGCGCCGGCAUCCCUCGACCGGGGGCGUCGCUGGCGAUCUGUGCGAGCGAGGAACUGAGCUGGCGAGCCGCGAAAGACCGAGGGUGCUAAGUAGAAGGAAGGUAAGGUAAGGGAGAUGAAGGGGCGGGACGGAGGGGUGGGUGCCGGUGGAAGGAGUGAAGGGGGCGCCGGCGGAAGGGGAUGGGGCGCUGGUGGAAGGAUAGGGGGAGU